ACAAAGAUCAAAGUUCAAAAUGUUCACUUGAUGUCUAAUAUAUCCCACCCACUGCCAGGUGCCAUUGUAACGAGAUUAUUCAUGUUAUUCAUUUCACCUGUCAGGGGUCUUAAUGUUAUGGCUGAUCAGUGUAUGUCUCCUACAGGAAGUGUGGGUGGAACAAUACAUCAGUGAUCAACAGUGGAAAGCAGCAGAAUAGUGUUUUGUGAUCCAGGAAGCCUUCUCAGCACCGACCUCUAACAUGAUUAAGCUGACCUUCAUUCUGCUGCUGUUUGCUGCUGGACUCACUCAGUGCUUUCCAGUUACAACUAGUCCAGGUGGAAAGAGCUAUAGGAAUCUGUUUUACUGCAAGAAUCCAGGCUGUGCUGCAAAUGUGACUAUAGUCUUUUGCAACGACCUUCCCGUCCCGACUCACACUCACAUCACAAAUUGUGCUGGCCCUCCACCACCCAACACUGUCUGCCAGCAUGAUCGUCGGGCAUACGUUUCCAUCGAUACAGAUGCUGACUGUGAAUUUGAAGGGAAAGGCGGUUAUAUUAUGACCGAAAAAUGUACAGACCACAGCAUCAUUUGUGCUUUUAUUGAUGCUACCACUCCACCAAAAGUCACCACAGAGGGAACGCGUGAGGUCCAUGCAAAACGUCCAUAUAUUGUCGGUGAGGUUUGUGGUUCAUUUCUAGUAUUACUAAUAGUAAUAGUAAUAAUAGUAGUUGCAUGUUUCUGUAAAAAGAGAUCAACAGCCAACAACCAACAGACAGCAAGUGAAUCUGAUGUGACUGUACCCCUAAGAGAGAUGCAAAGCCGUGGUGGAACCAGGGACAGUGAUACUUGCAAUAGUGGUCCUGGUUCGGAUGGUGGCAGCUCUCCCUCUCAACGUGACCGUGGAGCUUAAAAACUCCUGCAGCCUCAUCUCUCUUCUUUUUUUCCUUCUUAUGUUUUUGCUUUGUUUGAUAUGUCAUGCUUUUGCCUUGUUUUUCUUAAUUUUUUAAAUAAACAUAUUAUGUAUG